CGAAGGACCCCUGCCUGGUGUUUCCUGGCGCGACUGAGGGUCCUUUCUGCUGUCCGUCGGAGCGGGCUCCUUCUGGGCGCCACGAUGUCGGUCAGCCAGAUGUUCAUCACUCUGCAAGGGGCGCUCACCGCCGACCAGGACAUCCGGGAGGAGAUCAGGAAGGUUGUCCAAAUGCUGGAGCAAACAGCCCGGGAAAUCCUGACAGUACUGCAAGGGGUCCAUCAGGGCUCUGGAUUCCAGGAUAUACCAAAGAAAUGUCAGAAGGCUCGAGAACAUUUUGGUACCGUCAGGACACAGUUGGCCUCUCUGAAAAUAAAGUUCCCUGCAGAUCAAUAUUACAGAUUUCAUGAACAUUGGAGGUUUGUUCUACAGCGUCUGGUAUUCUUAGCAGCAUUUGUAGUCUACUUGGAGACAGAAACCUUAGUAACUCGGGAAGCUGUUACAGAAAUACUUGGAAUUGAAGCUGACCGAGAGAAAGGCUUUCAUUUGGACAUUGAGGAUUACCUCUCUGGAGUGUUGACUCUUGCUAGUGAGUUGUCAAGGCUGGCAGUCAACAGUGUCACAGCCGGUGACUAUUCUCGUCCACUCCGCAUCUCUGCAUUCAUCAAUGAAUUAGAUUCUGGAUUUCGCCUUCUCAAUUUGAAGAAUGACUCUCUAAGGAAACGCUAUGAUGGCCUCAAGUAUGACGUUAAGAAGAUUGAGGAGGUGGUUUAUGACUUGUCAAUCAGAGGGCUGAACAAAGACGCAGCUGGUGGGGAGAAAUAGAAAAGGAGCUGUGGAACUGAAUUAGUGAAUACCUCAGACUUGGCCAAAGGAGAAAGUUGAAUUGAGGUCUCCAGCACUAGUUUAGAGGAACACAUGCUGCAAACCACUGUGUUCCUAACUAACUAUUUCAUACAGUAUGUCUGAGUAAAAGCACUCAAACCCAUUCUGUGAAUGCCUAUCUCAUGGGCUCUGCAGUGUAUGUCAACAUGGUGUAAGCAGGCCAUAAUCUGCCAACUACAGCCAUUGUUGUACAGUGGCCCUACAGUGCCAGUUAUUUUGCCAGUCUGUCACAAGUUUUGUUUUUGAUCUUGGCCCUAGUAAGCCUAACCUUUCCAGAUCUCCACGUCAUUUAGUAUUCACCUUUAGAACAGUUUAAUCACAUCAAAAUGUAGUACUUGGCUGCAGCUACUAUGUAAUAUAAUUUCAAAUUUGGUCAAAAUGCUCCAUUUUCUUUUUCUACAAGUAUAUCAGACUGCUUGCUGGAAUUAAAAUUAAGAGUUCAGUCUGGGAACAAUUACUUUAGUGGACAUAUUGUUGGGAACUCAUAUUUUCAAACACUUAUUAUGCAUUAUGUGGCUAUCUUUGUAUUCUUCAAUGAGCUGAAUUUUAGGUCUGGGAAGAGGGAUCUGUACUGUAGAACUUCAAUGGUUCUUCGUAGCCAUUAAACACAUACAUAUAUAUUUAUAUCCCAUUUCAAGGUUCAAAUCUUAGACUAUAUUUAGGAGGCUAUUGGAGGGCAGGAGGAAUCAAGCACAGAAGUUCAGUGAGGCCAGUAGCUAUGUAAGAGGGAGGAUGUUAGAGAUUCUUUGAGUUUCAAGUGGCCUGUUGUAUUUCCUUUGUUUUAAGAUCUAGGUAAAUUAGGCAGCAGAAAAAGUUGUGGGCCUUAUCAAAAGAAGAAAACUGCUAUUUUUUACUGUUAAUCCUGAAUACACUUACUGGAGUUAAAACAGUUUCUCAGCUUCUUUCCAAGUAAGUGUACAUAAGAUCGCAGCCUUAAUGUAUGGCAUUAUAAGCCACAGGUGGCUUUUCUCUGCACAUCCACUGUAUCGGUAUAUAACAGCAUUUUUGUGAAUUUCAUUGAUGUGAAAUUGGUUUCUCCAAUGCAGUCUUGUUGCGUCAGUAUUUUUUUUUUAUGUUGUACACUUCAUCAGCUAUGUUUCUCCCCUUGUCCUAAAAUUUUGUUUGAUAAAGAUCACCUCCAAAGAAUUAGAGACUCUUUGUAUUUUACAAUAUUAGUGGCUGUAAGUAUCUUUGUAAACCUUAGCCUUGUUCUUGUUACAUUUUUAAAGAAAUGUUCACUGAGAAGCAAAUACUUUGUCAAUGUGGAUAAAUAAAAGAAAAACACUGUU